CUUAUAUGUACUGUGGUGCAGGCAAAUGCUUAUAUGUACUGUGGUGCAGGCAAAUGCGUUUACCGACCCAUGAAAUUGAUGAAAGAUAUCAGCUCCAAGAAUCGAAUCGGCAUUCGGGUCGCUAUCCAGAACAGUUUACAUCCGACUUCCAAUACGGCGGUUUAUUGUCUGAGCUUUUUUCAAAGUGCAGCCAAAAGCAAAGCCAUACACAGCAUCCACCAAUUCACCUUCGAGGCGGCAGCCAAGAUGACGACUACAACAAGGUCUGCAGCAAAGAAGCAAGGACAAGCAGACGUGCGUCCUACAGAAACAGCGCGGCCAGGCGCGAAACAUAAGGCAGGCGCGAGUGCGGACUCACGGAGCUCUAAUAAGCGAAGGAAGGGGGGCAAGAAGCAAACGAAAAUCGAAAACACGAUUGCGGGCGAUGAGACCAAGCACAGACAGGAGAAUGGAGCCUCCAAGGAGGGUCACGGGAAUGAGCAGCGGACCGAAAAGAAGCGGCCAGAACCCAAAGAGGAGGGCAAAGACGAGACAUCGGCUGUCGAGCCGCAGGGCCGCGGCGAGAGCGAGGCACCGCCAUCCAGCAUCCUCGAGAAGGGCAUCAUCUACUUCUUCUUCCGCGGCCGCGUCAACGUGGACGAGCCGUCGGGCGUGAGCGAGAUCGCGCGGAGCUACAUCCUCCUCCGUCCCAUCGAGAAAGACGCCAAGCUGGGCAGCGGACCGAUCGGCGACGCAGGUAACAGCCGGGUCUGCGUCGUCCCCAAGAAGACGCUGCCACAAAGCGGCCGGGACCGGUGGAUCGGGUUCGUCGAGAAGGCCGGCGCGUCCUUCCAGCAGCUCAAGGACGAGUUUCUCGCCUCUUCCGAGUACCAGACCAAGACGGCCGGCGAACGGCACACGCCCGCCGCCACGCCCGCCGGCGAGGGCGUGUAUGCCAUCACCAGCACCGGAAGGGAGAGCCAUCUGGCCUACGUCCUGACGCUGCCGGAGAGGGUGGGCGAGCUGCAGCGCGAGAUCGGCCUGAAGGAGAAGGGCAGCUUCAUCAUCACCACCAAGAACCCGGAGCACCCCGGUCCAGCCAACGCGAGGCUUCCCAAGGCGCCCGAGUAUCCUAAGGAGCUCCUUGAGGAAUUCCGAUCCCUCCGCUGGGUGCCCACUCAGCCGAAGCACUUAGACUACGUCAACACGCAGUUCCUCCUGGUGGGCGAGUCCUCCGGAUUGGAGAAAGCCCUGGCGCCGCAGACGGAGGACCAGAAGGACGGCAGGGCGGAACCGGCAGCGGAGAUGGAGAAGCUGGAGGAGGAAGACAUGCAGCGGAUGAAGGCCCUGCGGGAGGAUGACUCGGGCCGCAUCUUUGCAGACCUACAGGCGGACGCGGGAAACUACCCGAAGUUGCGGACGACGUUUUGAUCUACUAGUAGUACUCAUGCGUGGCGACCCGGAGCCGGACCGGUGGGAAGAUCAGUAGUAUAUUGAAUGGAAGCGGACAUGUGUUGGACAUAGACCCAUGUUUUUCAAUACAUGCAUGUAUUACUAUACAAUGCAAGGCAGAUCAAGCCACUGGGAUGCAAUUUGGACCGA